AUGAUGAGCGCGCAAGAGCCUCCCGCAGAAAUCGCUCGAGUCUUCAGGGGAACUUUCGUACACUCGACACAAUAUGCAGCUGUAGAAAUUCUCGAAGAUACGGUUCUGGGAGUCGAUAUAGAGGGAAAGAUUGCCUUUAUAGCGAGAGCAGAGGAAGUGGCCAGGCUCUCCGAAAUACGGGGAUUCAAAAUAUCCGAUGUGAAGCACCUGGGAAAACACAGGUUCUUCAUGCCUGGCUUGGUGGACACACACAUCCACGCCUCUCAGUACAGCUACACGGGCACUGCCCUCGACCUGCCCCUGCUCCAGUGGCUCAACACCUACACCUUCCCCGUCGAAGCCAACUACAAGGACCUGGACUUCUCCCAGGAUGUGUACACCAAAGUUGUGAAAAGAACUCUGAAAAAUGGCACCACCACUGCCUGCUACUUUGCCACUAUCUACACAGACUCCACCCUGCUACUGGGAGAAAUAGCAGAUAAGUUUGGACAGCGUGCCCUUGUGGGCAAGGUGUGCAUGGACGUCAACAAUGCCGUGCAGUGCUACAAAGAAACUGCAUGUGAUUCGACGAAGGAGACCAACCGGUUCAUCGGGGCACUUCUGAAAAGAAAGUACCCACUGGUGCGGCCUGUUGUAACCCCCCGCUUUGCGCCCUCCUGCUCCUCCACGCUGCUCAGCCACCUGGGAGAGAUUGCCAAGAACAACGACCUCCACAUUCAGAGUCACAUCAGCGAGACCAGAGAGGAGGUCACCCUGGUCCAGGAGCUGUUCCCAGACUCCGAGUCCUACGCAGACGUCUACCUCAAACACAACCUCCUCACCGACAAGACCGUGAUGGCCCAUGCUUGUCACCUCGGUGAUUCGGAGCUGACGCUGUUCAGGGAAACAGGAGCUGCGAUCUCUCACUGCCCUAACUCCAACAUCUCGCUGUGCAGCGGAAUGCUCGAUGUUCGCAGAGUUCUGAGGCACAACGUGAAGCUAGGUCUGGGCACAGACGUCGCCGGUGGGUAUUCCCCUUCCAUGCUGGACGCCAUCAGACGAACGCUUGACACCUCCAAAGCUCUGACAAUCCAAGACCCCCAGUAUGAAACGCUCACCUUCGAGGAAGCAUUCAGACUAGCUACUCUGGGAGGAAGCCAAGCGCUCUCCCUUGAUGACCGCACUGGGAAUUUCCAGGUGGGAAAGGAUUUUGAUGCAUUGCUGGUUGACCCCUCUGUCCCAGAUGGCCCAUUUGAUGUGUUCCCAAAAGAGGAUACCAAGGUCAUUCUGGAGAAGUUCCUGAAUUUGGGUGAUGACCGGAACAUCGUGGAGGUGUAUGUUGCAGGGAGAAGAGUCGUACCAUUUCAGGAGGCCAUGUAGUUACCAG